UCAGAACACGGAUGCGGCAAGACAUUUGCAAAACGGAGAUCACUUCAAUCUCAUAUCUCCAGUACUCACAGAUGGACUUCAAGAGUAUACGAAUAUGGAUACAUAAGAUAUUUAUAACCAGCACUAGUUACCACAAACAUCAAAAGGACUGGUAUAACAACUUAUGGGCAUCUCUGAAGUGCAGUGUGCGGGGCUGUCUAUCCAAUAAUAUCUUCAAAUCGCGAAUGCGAUGGAGGCACCAUUUACGACUUCAGCACCACUUUGGUCCGGAUCAGAUAGCUAUAUACCUCCCUCAUCAAGGAUCUAAAUCAGUGGAGUGGAGGGUUACAACUGACGCCCUAAAAUGUCCAUUGGGGUGUUGAUCCAAGCCUUUUCAGGGUCGACAUUUUGUCAAGACCCAUCUCAUGAGCAAACAACAUGGCCAGACAGAGGCCGAAGCUCACGAGAAAAUGGGAUGGCAGCUGCCUGCUUCGAAGUAACAGGUCUAUAUGCUCAAAGAUGUGUUGUCUAUAUACUUAAAGAUAUAUUGGAGAAGGCAAACUCAAGGCUGGGGGCCAACAAGUGGGAUCCAAACCCACUUAAGUACAGCAGCCGUGAUUUGUUCAAAGGUCUGCUGGGCAUCGGGGAGAUAUGUGAUAUCAUUGUUGAGUCGCUCGAACACGGAAAUCGAAAAAACCUCUCCCUCGCUAGCAAUUCGGGUGCUAAGAUGGUCUAUGAUCGGGUUCUAUACUACCGGUCCGGUUGUCAGGGAUUCUGGAGACGCGAGUUCAGCCAUACUUACUCCGACCGACGAGGGCUGGGUGGCCACUGCGCCUAACACCACCAGGAUCCUGAGAUGGGAGGGCAGCAUCGGCGACUUGUCUGGUCAGCAUGAGCGUGGCGUAUGCCACGGAUUACUCCAUCUGUUGAUGGUUAGUCAGUCGUUGCGGAGAUUGGAAGUUGUUUCAGUCAACGAUUUCUCACCCCAUUGGGUGACAAUAACUCGCAUGAAGGACUUCCCCAAAUUGGAGCCCCGGCAGGAUGCCACCAAGUGGUCUGUUUUCUUCUCUAUCUACAUUUCUGUUCUCUUUCUCCUUUUCCACCACAGACACGGAGCAUUGAAAACUUCUUCAAACCCAUUUCCGUGGAAAUAGCUGCAAUUUACUAUCACCGGUUGGGAAGGGACGCCGAUGCAGGAGAGAUACGAAAUCCAGGAACUCUCCUACUCUGUUUUGAA